UUAAGGCUGAAUACAUGAUCUGACCUGAAAACUUGGAGAAACACACGCAUACACACAGAGAUGGCAGAAUUGUUCAUUAAACAGGCGGCACAGUAUGCGGAAGGUCGGCCUAGCUACCCUUCAGAAUUGUUUGAAUUCAUUGCUUCCAAGACACCGUGUCAAGACCAGGCAUGGGACGUGGGCACCGGCAGCGGCCAGGCUGCUCGACAUCUAGCUGGGAUAUUCAAGAAUGUCAUAGCCACAGACACAAGCCCAAAACAGUUGGCAUUCGGACCAAGGCUACCCAAUAUAAGAUACCAACAGACUCCUCCAACCAUGUCUGCUGCCGAGCUUGAACGCGAUAUUGCACCUCAAUCAAGUAUCGAUGUUGUGACUAUUGCACAGGCCAUCCACUGGUUUGAUCUCCCCAUUUUCUACCAACAAGUGAAAUGGGUACUCAAAAAACCUCAUGGUGUCAUAGCUGCAUGGUGCUAUACCACCCCAGAAGUCAAUGACUCAGUUGAUGCAGUCUUCCAACCAUUUUAUACCAUCGCUGCAGGCCCUUAUUGGGAGCCACCACGUACAUUGGUGGAUGAAAAGUACAAGACCAUUGAUUUUCCAUUUGAGCCUGUGGAUGGAGCUGAUGACACAGGGCCAUUUGAUCAGUUUGUAAUCGAGAGGUUGAUGGAUUUAGAUAACUAUUUUACAUACUUAAGAUCGUGGUCGGCGCAUCAAACAGCGAGGGAGAAGGGUGUGGAGCUUUUGAGCGAUGAUGUGAUUGAGGAGUUUACGCGUGCUUGGACUAAAGAUGGACAAGACCAGAAGGUUGUGAAGUUUCCAAUUUAUCUGAGGAUUGGAAGAGUGGGGAAUAUUUAAAAAUCAAAUGGCUAAACCAUUUUGUUUCGGAGGAAUUAUGAAUCCGUUUCCCAUGUCAAUAAUUGUGGCUUUCAGCCACGACAGAGGGCUCACUACAUAUAGUUCGUCUGUCGUACUGCUUCAAAACUCGCAUUUAUAGCGAGUCCUAAUUCCUUGAUUUGUCGGUCAAGAAAAUAUGAGAUCGGAUUAACUAAUUUGUACCGAGCUCAAUUGUUUUUCUUUUCAUGCACCAUAAUUACUAAAGUAUUCUUGUUGGGUCA